AUGACGCUGACAGACAGUGCCCUGAACCAGACCGGACCGGUUCAGUAUUUCAGGGCUCACAGUCCAGAGACAGACAGAGGGACGACCUACAGAGGUGCAGACAGACAGAUCCAGUCAGUGAGACAGUUGAUGGUGAACAUCCUGCAGAAUCACACCAAGCUGGACCAACCAGACCGCUGUCCAACACUGGAGCCGUACAGCUCUGCAGAGCUCCUCCCUCUCGUGGGUCAAAGGUCGGAUCGUUUCAUCGCCGUCAUCGUCGAGGAUCAGGAGUCGUACGUCGGACGAGAGGUGAUCCUGGACCUCCUGCAGUACUCAGGUGUGGAGGUGAGGCGAGCUCUGAGCUCUGACUCCGCUCUGCUGGACGCUCUGCACAUCUCCACCUUUCCCUCCAUCUACCUGCUGCACCCGAAUGCAACACACACACACCUGCACAGUCAGAAGCCGUUGCGUUUCUUCUUCUCCUCCUUGUUGAAGACGUUACCUGGUGUUCAGCGUGUUCAGUCUGGUAGCAGUUCCGUUGGAGGUCAUGUGGAGGCGCUGUCAGACAAACAAAGCUCAGAACCCUGGAGAGACUUUGACAGAUCGAAGGUGUACACAGCUGAUCUGGAGUCAGCACUUCAUUACCUGCUGAGGGUCGAGUUGGCUACCCAUAAUACCCUGGAGGGGGAGGAGCUAAAGAUAUUUAAGGACUUUGUCACUUUGGUUGCCAAGUUGUAUCCAGGUGGGGGUUCUGUGGUGAAGCUGAUGGAGACUCUCUCUGAUUGGCUGCACAGUCUGCCACUGCAGCGAAUCCCGUACCAGGCCAUCCUGGACCUGGUGGACAACAAAAUGGCGAUCUCAGGUGUGUUCCUGGGGGCGGAGCUUCGCUGGGUUGGUUGCCAGGGCAGCAGGGCGGGGCUUCGAGGUUACCCAUGUUCCCUCUGGACUCUGUUUCAUGUCCUGACCGUCCAACAUGAAGCCACGCCCACCGUGCUGGACAACACAGGUCUGGACGGUGAGGCGGCUCCGGUUCUUCAGGUGAUGCGUCGUUACAUCAGAACGUUCUUUGGCUGUGAACAGUGCGGCCAACACUUCGAGGCGGCCGCCGCCGCCAGCAUGGGCCGAGUCCAGAACCAGGAGGAGCAGAUCCUGUGGCUGUGGAACCAACACAACCGGGUCAACGCCAGACUGGCUGGCUCCCUCAGUGAUGACCCCCUCUUCCCUAAAGCUCCCUGGCCGAGCCCCUCCCUCUGCUCCUCUUGUCACGAGGAGAAAAAUGGCGUCCACGUUUGGAACCAGGAGAACGUGCUCCUCUUUCUCCGACGACACUACGGAGCCUCGAACGUCUCCCCCAAAUACUCCCUUACUCCCCCACGACUCCUAGCACCACCUCCUAAUCCUGAUCCUGGUCUUGGACAGGAGGAGCACAGAGGAGCAGGAGGAGCAGGAGGAGGAGGAGGAGGAGGAGCAGAGGGAAAGGAGGUGGAGAGGAAAGCUGAGGAGCAGCCGGAGCUUCGACCUGAGGCUAAGAGGGAGGAGGAGAAAGGGGAGGCUGUGGGUGGAGGAGGUGGUAAAGGAGCAGGAGAAGGAGCAGCAGGAGGAGUCUGGAUUCUGGGUCUGGGCUUCAACAGCGUGGACAUGUCUCUGUGUGUGCUCCUCUACGUCUCCUCCUGCCUCUUCCUCAUGCUCCUCUUCUUCUUCUUCAAAGUCCGCUCCAGGAGGUGGAAGCUCCGCUACGCCCGCCUCCACGUCUGACCCGGACAGAACCGGACCGGACUGAUUUAGUCAGACCAGUUCACAGGUUCUGUUGAGCCGUAAAAGUCUGUGACCAGAACCGGACCAUGUGGACUCACUGAGACUGAACCUGACCGGACCAGACCGGUUCUGCUGUGUUCACUUUGUGCCAAACGACAGACACACCUGUCCUCUCAAGCCCCGCCCCCUGUCCUCUCAAGCCCCGCCCCAUGUCCUGUGUGUGUGUGUGUGUGUGUGUGUGUGUGUGUGUGUGUGUGUGUGUGUGAAACAUGACCCUGUCCUGAUGAACGGAUCUCUGCAGUCUGAUUGGUUGUUAAUGAUCAGCUGAUCAGUGUUUUGACUUCCUGUUUCUUAUUGAGGUCGUUGUGGGCGGAGCUGUCAUCGUGCAGUGCAUUGUGGGUGGACAGGUGUUCCUGUGACAUCACAAGUUUGUUUUGUUAUUUAAAACCAUUCCAGGCCUUGAAUAUAAGGAACAUUUUUUCAGACUUUUCAAGGAUUUUCCAGGACUUUGAAGUUUGACGUCACCAACACGAUGAUGUCAUCUUUCAGCUGAUGACAUCACAGUGACGUCAUCUCUGAGCGUCGAACAAAAAGUUUCAAAUAUUUUGAAUCCAACUUUAAAUCAGUGUCACGAUGUGAAAACCAAAAGGUUUUAAAUGAACGAGUCAGAAAGUACAAAGGUUUUAAAUGAACGAGUCAGAAAGUACAAAGGUUUCAGUCUUUUUGUUUUUGUUGUUUUAUUUAAAUAUUCUAAUUGGACCUCCGUCGCUCUUCAGUGUUUCAGGUGUCGUCAGGUAAACGGAAUGAUGUGAGUCUGAUGCCGUUUUUUAUCUGCCGGUCCAUGAACACACCGUCCCUCUUCGUAUAUUUUAGUUUGUGUUUUCUGAUUAUGUUAAUGAGAUGUAAAUGAUCUGAAUAAAUCAUGUUGCUCUAA